CGUGCCAUGCAAGGGCCACUUUAAAAGGCUCCUUCCAAGAAGAAAGGAGAAACCUUCCCGCCACAGUCGACACCAUGACGCCACUCCUAGAGCGGCAGCACACCCGCGACGCGCAGCUCACGCCGCCCCCGACGCCCGGCGUGCAGGAGGACAGCGCGGCGAAGGCCGCACCGGCGGCACGUUCGCGCAGGCGGCCGGGCGGAGACGACGCCGCGGAGGGCGCGUUCGUGUGCAGGACGUGCAGCCGGCGGUUCCCGUCCUUCCAGGCGCUGGGCGGGCACCGCACGGGCCACACGCGGCUGCAGGCGCGGCGCGAGCUUCCGCCGCGGCAGCAGAAGCCGGCCCGCGCCGCGCACGAGUGCGCCGUGUGCGGGCUCGAGUUCGCCAUGGGGCAGGCGCUCGGCGGCCACAUGCGCCGCCACAAGCAGCAGCAGGCCGACGCGCCGGCGUGCGCGGAGGUGGUGGCGGAGGUGGAGGUGGGGCAGCAGAAGGAGGACGCGGUGGACUCGAGCGGCGCGCCGCCGUUGGAGGAUCGCCGUGGCGGUGAUAUUCGAGAAGGGUGUUCGUCCGGAAUGGGGCAGGUGCUGGGCGGGCACGUGCGCCGCUACCAGCAGCACGCCGUGGCCGCCAGCGUGGACGUAGACGAGGAGCGGCGGAACGAGGAGGAGGCGCUGAACUCGAGCUGCCAGCCGCCGCUGGAGGAUCGUCGUGGUGGCGAUCGAGAAGGCUGUACCUCCGGCUCUGGCUCUGGCUCCGGACCGGAGCCUCGUCUGCUCAACCUUCUCGUGUAGCUGAGGUUGAUCCAGUUUGGUGGUUACGGAUCCACCUUUUUGCCAUUUAACAUGGUAUAGAAAUGUUGCAUGUUACCAUGAUAAAUAAAAAGAAGCCAUAUAUGCGAUCUUCUUUUUAGAGAAA